CUCAAGAAGACAGGGUAGGACGCUUCUGCAACAAGACAACACACCAUUUAAAGCAAGAUUUCAACAGUUAAGCAAGUCUGCAGCAAUGAAGACUACACUGGCAACUCUGACUCUGUGCCUGGUGGUGCUAAUGGCUACAGGUUUCCCAUUCGAGAGGAAAGGGGGAUCAACCUCUGGCGGUGCUACCAAGGAGAAGCGUGUACAGUAUGCAGCAUGGGAUGAUGUAAAUGUCAUUGCCCAUGGCCUGCUGCAGCUGGGCCAAGGGCUGAAGGAGCAUGUGGACAAAACCAAACUCCAGAUGAGGGACAUUUCCACCAAGCUGAAGGUGUUCAAUCGCACAGUGACCGAGCUGGGGAAGGAAAGCCAGAGGCUGCGAGUGGAGGGGGAGACCCUGAAGGCUCGAGCCCAGGGACUGGAGGACAGAGAGGGGCAGGUGCUGAAUGUCACAGCCGAGCUGAGAGAGAAGGCAGACGAGAUGCAGCAGGAGAGAAAGGUGAUGGGUGACAGGAUGAGUCGGCUGGAGGAGAAGGUGGACAGCAUGCUGCAGGGAGACGCAGCAAUGCCUGACUUGAAUACUGGCAACAGUGCCGCCAAGAACAACAGUGAUGCUCGCAGUGUCCAGCUGAUGCUGGAGGCUCAGAACAAACGCAUUGAUGAUCUGAUGGAUCGGAUAAGGCUGCAGCAGGAGAAGCUCGACAAGCAGAAUGUGCGCAUCAGAACCCUGCAAAGUCAGAUCCAGCAGUCAAAACAGAGAGCAUCCCAACGGAGCAGCACCGUUGACAGCUCCAUGCAGAGUGGCGUCGCAGAGCAGCGCGACUCACCAGUUGAAAUUGCAUCAGACUGUCAUGAGCUGUUCCUGAGAGGACAGACCACCAGCGGGGUCUAUACCAUCCAGCCAAUAAAUGCAGAGCCAUUUAAAGUCUUCUGUGAGAUGACAGCAGAUGGUGGAUGGACAGUGAUCCAAAAGCGUCAGGACGGCUCAGUAGACUUUGAUCAGCUGUGGCAGGCCUACGAGAAAGGCUUUGGCAACCUGAAUGGAGAGUUCUGGUUGGGUUUAGAAAAGAUCCAUUCCAUCGCCAAAGCUGGAGACUACAACCUCAAAAUUAAGCUCUCUGAUUGGGGGGAUGACUUAGCAUCCGUCCGCCUCCCCUUCAAACUGGGUGGACAGGAAACCAAGUAUUCACUUCAGAUUCAGGAGGCUGGCACUUUCAGCACUCUGGAGAGUUCCCUGGGGACUGACGCAACCUCUGGCUUACCUUUCUCCACCCGCGACCAGGACAAUGACCAGAAAAACGACAUCAACUGCGCCAAGCACCUCUCUGGUGGCUGGUGGUUCAGUAACUGCGGUCGCUCCAACCUAAAUGGAAGAUACUUCCAGAGCCCUCCUCCCAAGCAGCGACACCAGAGGAAGCAGGGUAUCUUCUGGAAGACCUGGAGGGGCCGCUACUACCCCUUGAAGUCCAGCGUGAUGAUGAUUGCCCCAGCUGCAGUUGAGAACAAGUCAUAAAGAAUAAAGACGGACAGAAUGAAACAGUUAAGACAAAGAGAGGGAGAGAAAAAAGUAGAUGUUGGACUAUUCUUUCUUUUCUUGGUGCUUGGUUGAUGAGGUAGUGGUUUCCAUUUCCCUGGUUUUCUCCCUGUGAGGAAGACUUCAUCCCACAGCCAAAGCCUAAAGGCUCAAAAAAUAGAAGCACAAAGAACUCACAUCAAAUGAGUUCCAUGUUUCCACUGCUCUGUUCUCUGAGAGACGAGCAGUUUCCUUCCCUGCACGUAGAGCCACAGAUGGAAGAAGAGACAAAAAUAAAAUGUGCAGUGGAAAUUUCUUUACAUGCAGUACCAUUGCAGUUACUUCCUUCUGUUGGCGUGAAGCAGGGGGCCCACGGCCAGGACAGCCUCACAGAGCAAGUCCUGGCCCGUCCGCUGUGCUGUAAGCCACAAAGAAUUCACAGCAAGUCAAGACUCAUCACCAGACAUGUGGUGUCAUCUGUGUAUGUGAGCUAUUGUUGAGUUUGAAUGUGGUUCUGUAGCAAGUAAACAGCACAGUCAGCGCAAAAACUGCUCAUUUGGUAAAAGAUGCAUGUAAGAGUAAAGCUUAGGCCAAUUAAGCGAGCCUUUUAAAAUCAAUGGUGCGGACCAAAUGGUGACUUAAUUAAAACAGAGAGUCAUUUUCCACAUGAACAUGAUGAGAUUAGUGUUCAAAAGCAUUAUGUAAACUUAUAAAUCACUGUAAACUAGGAUUACGAUGCACAAACUGUGUUGAGACUGAAAGCAGUUCUUUCUCAGAACUUCGUCGGGCACUGAAAACCAUUCCAGCCUUUGUACAAUAUAUUUCCUGCCUGAAAUUUAGAAUCAAAUCAAGCAUGUACUUCACUGAUUUUAAUUUGUAUGUGGAGAUUUGAAUGAUUUUAAGUCAUAUUGACUUAUUUUAAGAUGAGAGACAUCAGGUUGUAUAUAGUGUAUGAAGGAAUGUCACGUGUCUUUACAGAAACAUAACUGUUACCCAUUUGUUGUGGCGUUAUCGUUGUCCUUGUGACUUGAGAGUUUGUUAUUGUAGAUGUUCCCUUUUCUUAUUUAAAUGCUGUAAAGAAUCAAUAUAUAUAUAUAUAUAUAUAUAUUUCUGGUGCUGUCUGUUUGUAAUUUAUAUUGUCUAUGUUGUUUUACCAGAUGUCCAGUAAAAUUGUUUUUUAAGAGAA